UAAAGAUAAAAACAUGUAAAACGCAGAACACACAACACAGGUGUUGUUUGUUUCGGUCUUUCUUUCUCACACAAUCUGGGAACCACACACAAACCAUUCGCUUCUGUAGCUGAACAAACUCUCCGGCAAUGACCGCCCAAGCUUCCUCCUUCUCCGUCGCCGUUUCCUCCGUCGCAACCCCUUUCCGCCGCCACCGCAAUCCCUUCGUCGUCCGAGCCCAAGCGGAACCUUCGGAUAAAUCCGUUGAAAUUAUGAGGAAGUUCUCAGAGCAAUACGCCCGUAAAUCAGGAACAUACUUUUGUGUUGACAAGGGAGUCACUUCUGUUGUUAUCAAGGGAUUGGCUGACCAUAAAGAUUCAUUGGGCGCACCACUGUGCCCUUGCCGGCAUUAUGACGAUAAAGCUGCCGAGGUUGCCCAAGGAUUUUGGAAUUGCCCUUGUGUUCCCAUGAGAGAGAGGAAGGAAUGCCAUUGCAUGCUAUUUCUCACUCCUGAUAACGAUUUUGCUGGCGACGAACAGACUAUCACCUUGGAUGAAAUUAAAGAAUCAACAGCCAACAUGUAACACGCAGGUUAUUGUGUAUUGUUACUUGUUAGUUGUUACAGGCUGUAUGUUUUGAAAGACAAGUGAAAAGAAAGGUGUAACAAUAUGUAGGUCAUAUAUUUGUAUUUACCGAAAAUCAGAUGUAAUUUUUCUAAUUGCAUCUCUAGCGUAUUAUGUAUUACAAAUCUCAUUCACCUCUUCAUGAUGCUAAAAUGCAGCUAUGUUUUAACUAGCUUC